AGUAAAUGCCCUCGUUUGAUUGUAACGAAUAUUAACGUACGGUGAAAUUUUUUGGAAAAACAAAUCACUAGAUUUUCGCGUGUAAUGAAAUUUCAAUAAAUCAACACUAAAUAUUUUUUAAGAAAUAGAUAGUUCGCUUAACCUCAUUUGUAUAUGUGUAUUAUGGAGGAUGCUAAAUCUAAUGGCGAGCAAGGAACAAAAUCGUAUCUGCAGUUUCAAAUCGAAAGACUGAAAGUUUUAAAAGAAAAACUCAAUAAAAGCGAAAGAGAAGACUACAGCAUCACCUUAAAGGAAGAACCACGAAGUGGCAAUGAGUCUGAGUCAAGUGAGUACAGCGACGACUCGGUGCUAUUUGAGUAUGAAGACCAGCAGACGACCAAAAGUACCGGAACCCGGAAGAACUGUAACAGAGGCAGGUGGAGUAAGGAAGAGGACGCGAAACUCAAAACAUACGUUCGUAUGUACAAAGAGAACUGGGAGAUGAUAGCAGCCCAGUUCCCUGAUCGGUCAGACGUACAGUGCCAGCAGAGAUGGACCAAAGUUGUCGACCCCAAACUAGUCAAAGGCCCUUGGACCAAGGAGGAAGACGAGAAAGUAGUAGAAUUAGUAGGAAAGUAUGGCCCGAAGAAAUGGACGCUCAUCGCGCGGCAUCUCAAGGGAAGGAUAGGAAAACAGUGCAGGGAGAGAUGGCACAAUCACCUCAACCCCUCGAUAAAGAAGACGGCGUGGACGGAACACGAGGACAGGAUAAUAUACCAGGCACACAAACAGCUGGGGAACCAGUGGGCUAAAAUCGCCAAACUAUUGCCCGGCAGGACCGAUAAUGCAAUUAAAAACCACUGGAACUCAACGAUGCGACGGAAGUACGAGCCGGAUGGCGGGGACGCGUUUGAAUCCCGGCGGAAAAGCAAAAUCAAGAAAUUUGAACAUUCCACUGAGCCAAAGGUUGCUGCUGUAAUUUAUGAUAAUAACUGGUCAGACCCAUUCAACGACUCAAUACAAAGUACCACGUCAUCGAAUGGCCAGCCAUCAAAACACGUAUUGCACUUCCGUCAGCUGCUGAAGCAGCAACUCAACUCGCUGCAGAACGUGUCAAACACGUCAAUGUCAAAUGUCUCAAUGUCAAAUUCGUCAAAUGUCACGCUGAGAGAUUCGCCGGAACAGGGGAGUUUGGUUCCGGCGGACACUAUGGAGAUAGUUGGGCCGGAUUAUAAGUUCGUUAACAUAAACUCUCUUCCCAAUGAAUCACCAAUAAAGUCAUACCUUUCGCAGCCGUCAUCGAGUAAUGAACAAAAUGCGUUUCUGUGCCAAGAGAAUAAAGAUAAUCCAAUAUAUAUGUCUCCGAAGAAGAAACUUCUGGAGUCCAGUCCACCUCCAAUACUGCGACGGGGGAAGGCUUCUAGAAAUAACUCUGCGUGGUCAGAGGGCGCCACUCCAAUCAAGGCGCUUCCGUUCAGCCCCUCCCAAUUCCUCAAUUCGCCUGCUACGCUCUCCUUCCCGAACUUUGACUCGUCAUUACGGCAUUCAGCUACUAAGGAUUGGACUCAAAGUCCAUUACUUCAUACACCGACGCCUGCGCAUAUCACGCCCGGAGGUUCCAAAACCACGCCCAAAACUCCAACCCCCUUCAAAAUAGCAAUGGCGGAGAUAGGAAAGAAGUCGGGCUUAAAAUAUUCCCCUUCUAGUCCCGGGGUCCUCGUAGCAGACAUCACGGAAAUGAUUGAACGGGAAGAGAGCGCUAACAACGAGUCCACCCUUGCCAUGGAACAUGAUGGACAGGUGAACGAUAGCGGUAUAGGGACGGCCUCCCUGGGGAAAGAGAACGUGCCGUCGCACAAGAGAGCGAGAAAGGCGUUGGCCCAGGCGUGGGGCGUGGCCACAUCCACGCCCCAUUCACACGUGCCUGACGUCAGCUUCGUCGUGGAGACACCGAGCAAAACCCUCGCCGGCGACGAGAGCUCCGAACUAUUCUCAACCCCAAACAUGCACCGGAACUACUUGGACGAAUCGACCAGCCUCCACAGCCUGGUCAGCGCGGAAAACACGCCGGACACAAAAUUCCAAGCGAAUUCCAACUUAUUGGAACCAAAGGCACCGCGACGUACUUCAGAUGAGCCGGUAGUGAAGAAAUCCGCUGUAAGGUCGAUUAAAUUCGACCAAGAGGCCGAAGCCAAGGAAGAGACGCCCUCAUUUAUAAUGUCAACAAUUAAGUGGGAAGUCCUAGCUUGUGGUCUAACACAGGAUCAACUCGACCUAACUGCGCUCGCGCAUCAGUAUUUACGGAAAUCGACGUUAAAGCCUAGAUCGCUUAAUUUUUGUUAAUUUUUGAAAAAGGAGGGUAGAUCAAACUACCCGCAUAUUAUUCGAAAUUAUUGUCAUUCAACAUUUAUUAAGACUAAGGAAAUUAUGAGUUUAAUUAUAGUCAAUAUGUUUGUCUAUAUUUUUUUAUGGUUGAAAUUGAAAAAUUCAUCUACACAGAACUUUGUAAUUUUUUGCUGUUAAGCAAAUUGCAAAUAUAAGCGAGAGUUUAAAACUGAUAUCACUUUAGCAUAUAAGGUUUUAUUUAGGUAUUUUGGUAAGAAAAACCUCACUACUGUAAGAAGAAUACUAUUUUUGUAUUGUGUGAUUGAUUCAUUUGUGAACCUUUGUCCAAUUUGACUAAAACAGGUAUAUAAAUGUGUCUACUCAUAAGAAUCAUGUUUAUUAGAACUAUUCGGUCCAGAUUAAAAGACACUAGUUACACCUAGUUCAAUAUUAACUUUGCUUUCGCUUUUGAAACAAAAAUUCGGUAUGACGUCAUUAAAGUUAGAGAUCUAAGUAUUGACUCAAAUCGCUAUUCAGUUUACGUGGUAAGCUAGCAGUUGUGUGAUAUGAUUGUGUACGUUUUUUUGCAUGGGAGUGUUUUAUAUGUAAAUCAGGUUAUUUUCGAAAACAAAUACUAUUUUUGCGAAUUUUUUAGUUACUUUUUGGGUCAAAUUUUAUCAUGGGUUUAUCGCCAUAUUGUAAAUAUUAUACGCAAUAUUUAAUUAGUGUAAGAGAAGUUUAAUAUUUUCUAGUAAAGACGAAUACAAAACACGGCUGCUAAGUUCAGAAACGAAUUCCCACUCCGUACGUCAAAAAUCUACUGGAUUUUGACAUAUGAGUGACAUUUCGCGCUUAAUCCUUCUGAAUCUCAGCCAAGGUGAAAUAAAAACGUGUUGCAGUCGGGGACUGCAAUCAUAAUUUCUUACUUAAUUUUUAUUUAGGCAGUAUUUUUUUUUCUUUGUAAUUAAUUCAAUCUACCACUCUACCAGACAUAGACAGGUCUAUAUAGUAUGUCUCACUCUAACGCGUACCGGCUGCACCGGCCGUCACCGAUGUCAGAGAUAUAUGUGUUCUAUCCCGCUUUAACGCGUAUUGGCCACAUCUAUGUUACGUCAUCCUGUGUUAGGUUUUUUCGUUACGGAAUUUCUUGAUUCGGUCGCCGCGCUCAGAGCCCGCGAUAAAAUCUAUACAAUAGCUUAAAAAAGUCACUUCUGUAAGGAAAACUUGAGCCGCGCUCCGUGGCCAUAUUUGGAACUAAAACCGAUAACGCUUUCACGUAUUCCAUUCUAAUCUAUCUAUCUAAAUAUUUGUAACUAUCAAUUUUUCAAAUCAAUCUAUCAAUUUUUGUUCUAAAACUUGCCGUCUUCCUCUCUUUCAUCUCUUUCAUAUUCUUUUUUUAUAUCUCCUGUUUAUAACAAUUGAAAUUGUGAAACAUCGUUUUUCGUGUUUCCUCACGAUAGUUUUGUAUUCGUCACUAUUUAUAUGUAUUUAAUUUGUUUGUAAUUUAAGAUUUUACGGUGUGUAAAGAUUAAAGGUUUUUAAACUGA